GUAUUGGAAAGCGGCUCACAUUUUGAGCUGUUGAUGAAACCGGGUAGUCGGUAUGCAGAAUUGUGGCAUUCACAGCAUAAAUUUGCUGAUGGAGUGCCACCGAAAUCAAAAGAAGGCGAUGAUAAGAAACGUCAUGUUCAUCCUCAACUUGACUUUGAUAUGUUUCGAGACGAUGGUUGUUGUAAACAGGGCGGUUGCAAUCGUUAA